AUGAGGCACUAUUCCUGGCCCUCCCUUGGUCUGUGCACCUGUCACGGAGCCGGUCGCGCUCUGUCCCGGGCGAAAUCUCGCAGAAACAUCGGCUUCCAGGACGUUUUGGACAAACUCGCCGAUCAAGGAAUCGCCAUCAGGGUCGCCUCGCCAAAACUCGUCAUGGAGGAGGCUCCUGAAUCGUACAAGAACGUGACGGACGUUGUGAACACGUGUCACGACGCAGGAAUCAGUCAGAAGGCGAUCAAACUGCGACCGAUCGCCGUCAUUAAAGGAUGAAUACUGCACGACGUUAAAAACUUUAACCACAAACAGGAAGCUCGUUAAGGACAGGAAGCUCGUUAAGGACAGGAAGACUUCUGAGCGGGGAAGCAGAAGAUACUUCACUCAUUUCUGGAGUCGAAUGAAUUUAUGUUGAAGAAAGGAAUUUAAUUUCUAACCUGAAAAGAAAAUGUAAAAAUGUUCUGUUCAUGCCAAAUAAAAAAUAUCACUAAAAGCUG